AACCCCAUUGAUGCUAUGUGCACCAGAUUUAUGUUUAUAGUAACAAAUCUGUUCUGCCCUUCUGUAGUAAACAUCAUGACAAGUUCAACCUCCUCUCUACUAAUUUUUCUUCAUAUUCUCUUGAACCCUUACUUCUACUUAAGCGCUUAUUCUUCUUCCUUUCCGGCUGAUACUAUUGCCUGUCAUCCUCAACAGCGCCUUGCGUUGCUUCAUUUUAAACAAGAGUUUACCAUCUCAAAUGAUAUUUACAAUGAUAUGCAGUGCAAGAUGCAAUUUGGUUCCACUUCUGCGAAGACGAUGAAUUGGAAUGCAAGUAUAGAUUGCUGCAGGUGGGACGGAGUCACUUGUGACCAGUUGACUGGUGACAUCGUUGGUCUUGACCUCGGGUGUAGCAAGCUUCAAGGUACCAUUGAUUCGAACAGCAGUCUCUUCCUCAUUCCACGACUCAGAAGUCUUAAUCUCGCUUACAACGAUUUAGGUUCUUCUCAAAUUCCACCGGAAAUUAGCAGGUUUGCAAGUAGUUUGACUCACCUUAACCUCUCUAGUUCUUCAUUUUCGGGCCACGUACCCUCAGAAAUAUUACAUCUAUCAAAACUUGUUUCUCUUGAUCUUUCUUAUAAUCAUUUUGAUUCCAUACACCCUCAGUUUCUCAGUAAACUCUUCAAAAACGUUACUCGGCUGAGAGAACUUUCCCUCAAGUAUGUUAACGUCUCUUCAACAUUACCAUCUAACCUGUCUUCCUCUUUAACUUCUCUAGACCUUUCCGGAACUCGGUUACUUGGGGAUUUACCUGAUUACAUCUUCAACCUACCAAACUUACAAAAUCUCGCUUUAUCGUUAAACAUAGCACUCACUGGUUCAUUACCAAAAGUUAACAGAAGCCGAAACGUUCCUCUUAGGUUGUUAGAUCUCUCACAAACAGGUAUCACAGGGGAUAUACCAGCUUCGAUUGCGAAUCUCUGGUCUUUGGAAAGCUUGAAUCUCUAUGAUUGUAAACUGUCAGGGUUCCUUCCUAGUUUCGUUGGAAACCUUUCUCACCUUGUCACUUUGGACCUCAAGUCUACUAAUGUUGGAGGGAUCAUCCCGUCAUCUAUUACGUCCCUAACACAGCUUGUCAAACUUGAUUUAUCGGAUAAUUCUUUUACGGGUCUUCCUGCUUCUAACAACAUAACUGGACUUCAAAGGCUUGUCCAUCUAGACCUAUCUCGUAACUUGCUCGAAGGGGUGAUUCCGUCUUGGGUUUCUUUACUCACCUCAUUAGAAGAUAUUCGCUUAACAACCAAUAUGUUAAGUGGGGUAAUACCAUCUGGGUUGUUCAAGCUUUCUUCAUUGGAGGUACUUGAUUUGAGUUACAACAAGCUUCAAGGGACAAUACCAUCGGUAUUUGCACUUCCGUCAUUGCGUGAGUUAAUGCUUGAUGAUAAUCAACUUGUUGGGCAACUGAAUCUUCUUGAUGAAGACCUCGUCCCACCACGAUCGUUUCUACAACUCGUCAACAUCACUUACCUUACCCUCGCAAAUAACAAUUUCUCAGGUGUUUGGGAUUUAGAUAUAUUGUUAUCUAGCCUCACAAACCUUCAAGGACUCGAUCUGUCGUACAGUGGUUUGUCAGUUGUAACCGCUAAUGCUAAUCUUUCUGUCAACCCUGAAUUUUAUGCACUGAAAUUGGCUUCUUGUAAGCUAAAUGUUUUCCCAGAGUUCUUAAGAUCAGCGACUAAGCUCAGUGAUCUAGAUCUAUCCCAUAACGACAUUCACGGUCAACUACCUAGUUGGACAGGAAAGAUGUGGAUGGAUUCACUAUCCAUUUUUGAUCUCUCACAUAACUUCAUAACGGGCCUCUACCAUCUUCCUUGGAAUUACUUAUUGCAUUUAAAACUCGAGUCUAACUUAAUUAGGGGACCAUUCCCUUUGUCAAUUUGCAAGAUGAGCUUCAUUCAGAUCGUAGAUCUCUCCAAUAACCACUUUAAUGGAACAAUUCCAAAUUGCUUUGGAUACAUCAACGAAAAUCUUGUAAUGAUCGAUCUGGGGAACAAUUCUUUUCACGGCACCUUUCCAGUGAUAAGCGGCUGUGAACGAUUAGGUGAGCUUAAUUUGAACAGGAAUCUAGUUCAUGGAAAGCUGCCAAGAUCUUUAGCCAAAUGUGCGGCUCUAGAAGUGCUUGAUGUUGGAAAUAACCAAUUCAAUGAUGUGUUCCCUAAUUGGUUAGCAACUCUUCCAAUAUUAAAGGUACUUGUCCUUAGAUCCAACAGUUUCCAUGGAUCUAUCACAAACGCCGAAAAAACUGAUUUUCAAUUCUCAAAUCUUCGAAUACUGGACCUUUCUCAGAAUAAGUUUUCCGGCACUCUUCAAUCAAAUUUUUUUAGGAAUCUAAAAGCCAUGAUGAAUGUAAGUGACGAGAAAACCGAAGAGAACUAUUCAAAAAGUCCUAUCGGUUGGAACAUCUAUUACCACACUACUGUGGUUAUAAAAGGGAUGUCGUAUGAACUUGUGAGAAUCUUGACUACUCUCACAACCAUUGAUCUAUCAGACAACAUAUUUGAAGGAGGUGUUCCAGAUGUCAUCGGAAGCUUAAAGUCCUUGAAAGUACUCAAUUUGUUGCACAACAGCCUCACAAGUCAUAUUCCUUAUGCGCUGGGAAAUCUUUCAAAGAUCGAAUCAUUAGAUUUGUCAUGGAACCAACUUGUGGGAGAGAUUCCUCAACAACUGACUGCCUUAACUUUCCUCGCAGUCCUAAAUCUCUCUCAAAAUCAUCUUGAAGGGCGCAUUCCUCGGGAGAGACAAUUUAACACAUUCGAGGAUAACUCGUAUUUGGGGAAUCCAGAGCUAUGUGGAUUCCCUUUACCGAAAGAAUGUGAAAAAAACCAUGGAACAGAUCAAAGUUCAAUUCAGACAGAAGAUAGCCAAGAUACAGAGAGCGGAUUUACGUGGCAAGCGGUCGUGUUAGGAUAUGGAACCGGAACUUUACUUGGAUUGGUAAUGGGAUAUCUGAUGUUGUCGACAGGAAGACCAAAGUGGUUCAAUAGAAUUGCCGAUGCAGCAGAGCAUAUAGUCCACACAAGGCAAAACAAGAGAAGAUCUGUAUGUAUUGCGAAAUGAAUUCAGUUUCUGAAAGGUAAAGAAGUUUUCAGUGACUUGGAUGUCUUGAAUAAUGCAAAUUCUAGAUUUGCAUCCCAUGCUCCUUGAGAGUUGUGUUAUAUUCGAGUUUGGUUUAUAUUUCUCUCUUUUUUUUACGAACUAUUAGCGAAAAUAACUAAGUCUAUGUAGAUGGCAUUGUAAAAAAGUUCUUACCUUCUGAGCUUUGUAUAUCCGCGUCUGUUGUAAGAUGAAUAUGUGGUUAGGAAUUCCUACUUGCUCACUGGUAUGAUCAUCAAUGGUUCUUUGACUAUUAUGGAAUGCUUACAAGAUCAUCUCAUCUUCACAUCAAUGUACAUUCCAAGUAUUUAUGAAGUUAGUGUUGAUAAAAAAUAUCUCAUUCUCAAAAGUUAAUAUCUAUGGGAA